AUGGCCGAGGAAGAAGACCCUAUUAUUCAGGCCUUGCCUCCGGCCACCGAUUACCUCACUUACCUGACCUUGUUGGAGUACCAAUUGACCCCCGCUCGCUUGCCCAUUCUCCACAAGCUCUUGCAGGAUGAGGUCCUGACAACCAAUAUUGGCUGGGACCUAGUUCAGCUGCUGUUGCCCAUGCUUCCUCAGUCAAUCGAGUGUCUUCAGGAUAUCGCCCGCUUGGGUAAUCCUAGGGAGGUCAUCCUGCGGGUGUCCGAAGCCUUGAUGCAACUGCAGCCUGAGGAUGAGGACGAAGACGAGGAUGAAGAGAACGAGACAGCAGAGCCCUCUGCUACUGAUGAUGCAGAGUCUGCCGAUACGGAGCCCAAAACUGCGACCGACAGAGAUCUCGCGAAGUCGAAUAUACAGAAUACCCUCCCACGACAUGUCAUGAAGUUCAAUUCCCUUGUUGCCAUGUUAUCCGUUCUUCAUUCCCGCAUCCAGACGAAAUCCCCGAGCCGCUUUUUCGCAACCUCUCUACAAGCUGUAUUGGAAGCGUAUACCCUGAUGCCAACGAACGAGACAACCAUUGCCCUGCUGGAGUUUUUCAGAGACGUGUCUCCCUCCAAGAGGCCUGCACCACCACCCCGCGCUGCAAGCGAGUCCAGCCUGUUGCGAGUCUCCGAAGCUUCUGCGCCGGACCCAGAGGCAGAGGUUCAGUCGCCUAACCCGAGCAACAAUGAGCCGGCGCUCAUCAAGAGAUUCUUGCAAUUCGGUCUGAUUGAGCUGAUAAAGUCCUACAUACUGAGCUUUUCGGGGCCUAUGGAUCCAGGAAUGUCUUGGACAGUUCGUUUGCAAGAGAAACUUCAGCCAAGGCAUCUGGCGGGCCAAGUGUCGGAGACGGAUGUAUUUGCCAAUAACAAAGACCUAAGGGAGAGGGACAUGAUCUUGGGGAAAAUAACGGCUCUUUCUCGAGACUUCGGGCUGGAUGACCAGCAGCUUCUCGCAGUCGUCUCACAGCCGCCGGAUAAACACCCCCAGCCGCUGGACUUCGAUGAACCACCUAGGAACGUGGAAGAGAUUCCACUUGAAAGGCACGGUGCUCUACUUCUUUUGGCUGCCCGAGCUGCGAUGGCCGAACUAUUCUCGUCGGGACAGGUCACGCCAAUUGCCGUCUUCCCUGAGCUGGCUCAGAUAUUUGACAACUUUGUCGGCGGACACGAUAAGCCGGACGAAAUUGCCUUUGGGCAACCUCAGGCACUAUUGGACUCUCUGCUGACACUGGCCGUCUUUUCUAUGCAACGCUCAGUCGGAGAGCCAUCCACCGAAAUAGAGUUCCGACGUUUCAUCUUGUCCUUAACUGCUUGCACAACGCGACAAAGUUACAACUCCAUCAGGCGGAUCCCUGGAACCAUUCUCCAUAGCCACCCGUCUCACAUUGUCCGCUUCAAGACUAUUCGCCAGGUUCUUGAAGAUGAUCGUUUCCAACUGAUCAGGGACAGUGCUAUAGGGUGGCUGAAAGAGGAAAUUCUUGACGCUAACAAAAAGCUUUCCAGCUCACCCGAGUCUGACAUAUUUAUCAACCCGCAUUAUUUCUCCGUCCUCUUCCCCUUACUCUUCAACUCUUCCGAGUUACUUCUCAACGUCUCGUCCGACAUCGUAGCGUCAUGGAUCAAAUUCUCUCAAACUCUCACACCAUCUAUCCACGCCGCUCUAAGCCUCUACUACAUUCUCCUUUCAUCCUCUACCCUCCGCACCCAACUCCAACUUGAAAAAACCUACAUCUACUUCCGCAACCGCUUCCUGGAGCCUCUCAAGUCUCUCCUCCACGCCUUUGAGAGUGAUCUUACCCAGAACGGUGGCGACGGAAAGAUCGAAUCUGCCGUCGGCGAGAACAUGUGUCAGGUCGGCAUGGCCCGGUCCGUGGGCCUUGUAUCCCAUGCUGUAGAACAGGUUGAGGAUGCCGUGGGCGAUGCGUUCGUUGGUGCCGAUAACGAGCUCCAGGAACCAAGCAUGGAUGAUGUGGCGAGGGUAGACAAGAUCCGGAAGGAGACUGCUUUGUAA